CGAUCUCUCUACAUCCUCUUCAAUAGGCGUCUGCAGAGAGGAGAGUGAGAUUACAAAAGAGAGCUAUCAGACUGAAGGUAUCAUAAAAAAGCGUUCUUGAGUGUGGGACAUAGGUCAGCAAGCUUUGAAAUAUGGAAGGUGAUGAACGCAGGCAAGGUCCAAGUCAUAUUGAUCGGUCUUUGAAAAGAAGUGCAAGUGAGAGUGGUUUAAGCUCUUCUGGCCGACAGCGUGAAGAAUCCACAUCUAAUACUUCUUCAAACAGUACUGCCACACCUGGGGUUGGCAUGGGAGAACUAUCUUCUAUGCUGGCAGGUCCAAGCUCAGCUGCAGGAACUGGAGAAAUCCUAGAGAGAAUUCUUCGGCGGAGAACUAAUCCUCCUAACCAACAGGAUUUGGAACCUACUGCCCCUGAGCAGAGGAGGCAGCAUUCAGGAGGAUCAAACACCGAGCAAGCCGGACAGCAAAAUAAUAGCUUCUGGCAAUCUCGUAGUUCUCUUUGGCAACGAGAUCCAACCCAAAAUCCAGGUCAGGUUGUCAUAAUCCUUGACGCAGCCUUGGCACAAGGUGGUGGUAUUCCACAAGUAAAUGAUCCUCGUAUCAGAAGCAGAUUAAUAUCGGAGGUUCAUAAUGCAAUGGGACUCCAAGGCCGUGGUGGUACCAUACAGUAUCGGAGUCAUACUAGGUUUCCAGGCUACUGGAGGUUAUUAGACGUGAUUUACCUGCCUGAUGAAAAUGAAGAUGAGGAUGAUGAGAAUGAUGACAUGCGUCUUGACAUUGAUAACAUGUCGUAUGAGGAAUUGCUUGCUCUUGGAGAGCACAUUGGAAAUGUCAGCACAGGGUUGAGCAAGGAAGUGAUUAUGGCAAGGCUGAAGCAAAGGAAGUAUAUUUGCUUAGCAACAGGCCCUUGUGUUGGUGAGAAAACUUGCUGCAUAUGUCAGGAAGAGUAUGCAGAUGAUGAUGAUAUCGGAAAGCUAGAUUGUGAGCACGAGUAUCAUGUUGCCUGCAUCAGGGAAUGGCUGGUACAGAAGAACUCGUGCCCCAUUUGCAAGAAGACUGCCUUGGCUACCUGAGAGUCCAAUCCUCAUCAGGAAUAGUUGCCUCGGCUCGCAUCAAUCAUGGACAGGAAGCAGUAGCUACUUCCUCUUUGAUAGUGUAUUCAGAAAGUGUUUUGAGGUUUCAUGUAGAGGCUGCUUUUGGCAUUAAUAUAUUUGACACAAAAUCUUGUUAUAAGCUUUCUCUUUCUUGUUUGAAGUUAUCUGAAUUUUUCAUCAGUGGCAUUAUUGACUGCUUUGAAGGUGGGAUAUCAUGUGUUAGAAUUAAUUGAAUGUUG